UUAUCGAUUUAGUCCGUCGCCCUCCAAAUCGAGGGCCGUUGCCGUGGCACCGCCAGUGCCACCGACGGCUGCCCGGGCGAGGGUGGUCCGGCGGGGUGGUCUGUCUCGGCGUCAUCUUCAGGAUCCCAUAGGCCUCUCGCCUCGCCGCCGCCCGCCCUUGCUGCGCCGACGAGCCAGCCUCCGCCAGGCAUUGCCGCGCCACGAUCUAGCCGCCGUCCGCCAUUGCCGCACUGACAAGCAGCCGCCGCCCGCCAUUGCUGCACCGAACACUCCCCCGUUCUUCCCCACAUCAACGUCAACCAGGAGCGAGCGAUGGAUAGACGUUGGAUUCAUCGUACAUUGUUUUCCCGUGAGUACAUCGAAGGUGUCAAAGAAUUUAUGAACUUCAUUCAAGAUAAAUUCAGCAAGGAUGAGAAAAUACUCUGCCCAUGUAGAAAUUGCCUUAAUCAAAAACACCAGCAUCAGACCGUUGUGAACACACACAUAUUGACGUAUGGCAUGGAAAGUACAUACACUUGCUGGAUAUAUCAUGGAGAAGACUUUGAUGUUGAUGUGAUUGAAGAACCUGUUCAUGUGCAUGACACCGCCGAUGGUAACAAUGGUGCUGAUCGUUUUGAGGAGAUGUUUGGAGACCUACGCACAGCAGUAGAACAAGCUGGAAUUGAAACUGAAAAUCCUUCUGAGCAUGAGUCGUUUUUGAAGAACGUGAUGAAAGAGGCAAAGCAGCAACUUUAUCAUGGUUGUACCAAGUUUUCAAGGUUCUCCUUUGUGGUAAAGCUUCUUCAUUUGAAGUCAUACCAUAGGAUCACAAAUAGUGCAUUUACUGAUAUAUUGAAGAUAUUGGCUGAAGCAUUCCCUGAACCUAAUACACUCACAAAAUCAUACGAGGAAGCGAAGAACCUUCUGAAGGAAUUAGGCCUUGGGUAUGUUUCUAUACAUGUGUGCUUUAAUAAUUGCAUUUUGUUCAGGAAGCAAUAUGCCAAUCAUGACAACUGCCCAGUUUGUGGCCUGUCAAGGUGGAAAGACCCUGCUAGAAAGAAGAUUCCACAGAAAGUGUUGAGGCAUUUUCCAUUGGUGCCUAGGCUGAGGAGGAUGUUUCUUUCCAAAAAAGGAGCAGAAGAAGCACAAUGGCACAAGCUAAAGAGGCAGCCCAUUGAGAAGGAAUUGAGUCAUCCGGUUGACGGUGAUGCAUGGAAAGAUUUUGAUAAACAAUAUCCAGAUUUUGCAAAAGAUGCCAGAAACAUUAGACUUAGCAUUGCCAUUGAUGGGUUCAAUCCUUUUGGAAACUUUAACACAACCUACAGUAUGUGGCCUGUGUUUGUUAUACCAUACAACCUUCCACCUUGGGCAUGCAUGGACCAGUCAAAUUUCAUGAUGGCUUUGCUAAUUCCAGGUCCUAAAUCACCUGGCAAGCACUUUGAUGCCUUUCUACAACCACUUGUAGAAGAAUUACUUGAGCUCUGGGAGGGUGUGAGUACAUAUGAUGCUCUUAGUGAAAAAAUGUUUGAUCUUCAUGCUGCAGUUCUAUGGUGCAUUCAUGAUUACCCAGCUCUGAGCACUCUUUCAGGGCGUACCACAAGAGGCUAUUUUGCAUGUAUUCAUUGUGACAAACACCCUAUUUCUUACGGCCUAAGGAAAAAAUGGGGUAUAUUGGUCACUAUCGUUUCCUUCCAAAGGGACAUCGUUUGCGGAGAAAUAAUGAAUUUGUUGGUCUUCAUGAAAGCAAUGAUCGGCCAGGUAAAUUCUCUGAGAAAGAGCUGCAAGCAGAAUUGGAGAAGGUUAGACCUGGGAGGCAACAAGAAAGUAAGAAAAGGAAACGUUCUGACUUGGGCAGCAAGAAGGCUCAUGUGCCAAUUUGGAGCCGCAGGGUUUGUUUGUGGGAUUUGGAAUAUUGGGGGAAAUUGAAGCUGAGGCACAAUCUUAAUGUCAUGCACAUCGAGAAAAACAUAUGUGAAAACCUCAUUGGGACAAUUUUGAACUUAGAGGGGAAGACAAAGGACACACUCAAUGCUAGGAUUGAUCUCCAAGAUUUGAAUAUUAAAGAUGAGUUGAAAUUGAGGAAGGAAGGAAACUCGUAUGUGAUGCCUUGGGCACGAUAUACCUUGUCCAAAGAACAAGUGGUUGCAUUUUGUCAAUUUCUACGGGAGUUAAAGUUUCCGGAUGGAUUUGCUUCCAACAUAUCAAGAUGUACAAGUGCUAAUGGUACCAAGGUACAAGGCCUUAAAACACAUGAUUGUCACAUUCUUCUGCAAAGAAUCUUACCUGCUGGCAUGAGAGGAUUUUUGGACAGUGAUAUAUAUCAACCGAUAGCUGAGUUAGGCAUGUUUUUCAGGGAACUAUGCAGCAAAACUCUUAAUAGGGAUGUGUUGGCUGAAAUGAAGAAAGAAAUCCCUAUAAUUUUGUGCAAGCUUGAGAAAAUUCCCCCUGCUUUCUUUGAUGUGAUGGUGCACCUUGCAGUACAUUUACCUGAAGAGGCAUUGCUUCGAGGUCCCGUACAAUAUGGGUGGAUGUACCGAGUUGAAAGAAGGCUAUGUACUUUAAAGCGCUAUGUGAGGAAUAGGGCACGACCAGAAGGCUCGAUUGCUGAAGCAUAUGUUGCGGAUGAGUGCCUGACAUUUUGCUCCAAGUACAUGGAUGAUGUUGAAACAAUAUUUAAUCGGAACCCAAGAAAUAUAGGUUUUUCAGAUGAAGAAGCCUACGGUGUUGAUGUUUUUGGACAUGGAUUUAAUUUUACUUCAGGAUAUGAUUAGGAAUAUGUACAUGCGGAAAAAGAAUUUGAUUAGAUGGUGUGGUAUGUGUUGAACAUUUGUGAUCAAGCUAAGAAAUAUAUCGAAAUAUUCAGAGAUGAGUUAAAGAGAAAAGGGGCGCCGGACAGUGAUAAGGAGCUUCAAAAAAAAUUCCAACAUGGUUCAAGAACUAUAUGAUAAGGAUGCAGGAUGAGGUUGGUGAAGUGGUAGACGAAGAUCUCUUUGCCUUGGCAUGUGGUCCCGAUCGGAGAGUCCGGAAAUUCUCAUCAUGCAUAGUGAAUGGGAUUAGAUUUAGCACUGUUGAUCGUGAUAGCAACAAGAGAACGCAAAACAGUGGAGUCAUGACCGAAGGUGAACAUGACCGUAAGCUCAUAAAUUUUUAUGGAACCUUGAAAGAGAUCAUUCAGUUAGACUACAACUUGGAUGACAGGUCAGUUGUUUUGUUUAAAUGUGACUGGUUUAAACUUGAUGGAAAGAAGACCGAGCUUAAAAAUGAUGGUUAUUUCAAAAGCAUAAAUGUUGGAAGUAUGUGGUACAAGGACGAUUCUUUGAUUCUGGCUACGCAGGCUAGAAAGGUCUUUUAUUUGCCAGACACGAAGUAUGGGAAGAAUUGGCAAGUUGUGCAAACAUUUGAACAUAGGCAUCUCUUCAAUAUUAGUGAAACUGAGGGUGUACCUUUUGCUGGUCCUGCAUAUCAAGAGGACGAGUGUUGUGAUGUGGAGGGUAGGAGAAUAUCUGUUUCUAACCUUACAUCCGAGAAGCCUUUGCAUAGAGAUGAUGAGCAAGGCAUUGUUUUUGAAGCUGAUGUAGUUGCUCGUUUGAUGAAAGAAAAAAGCACAGAAGUGUAUGAAGGUGGCAAUGAAGAGGAAGAAGAUGAUACGGGUCUGGAGUAUUGCAGAGAAGACGAAGGAGGUGCCAUGGAUGUUGACAGCGAUGAUGAGUAGAUGUUUUAAUGUAGAGGCGUUGCUAAUGAGGCUGAGAAGGAGAUGCUCAAAAAUGGUUGUGCACCAAGCUUAAGUUGGUCUGGAGUUUUAUUUUGUUUGCCUUGAUACGGCAAUGACCGCUGAUCCUUGUUGUGAUCCAUAACAGAGUUGUAUCUGAAGUUUUAUUUUGUUUGCCUUCAUAGGCCAACCAUUUUGUCUGUCAAUGUGUUAACGAAGUCGCUGUAGUUGUAAUCCUUGUUGUAUGCCUGACAAUAUAUCAUCUAUGCACCGGCUGUUGUGAGGA